AUGUUCUUCGAAGCUAUAUUCCUUCUGGCUCUUGCUACUGUCACUCUGUCGACCCCAACGUUCUCCGCACCUCCGGCAUCAAGGACGUGUGCUGAAACCUUGCCACCACCAAAGACUGCUAGUGAGCUGUCUUACGUUGGGGUCAACAUCGCUGGCUUCGACUUUGGUUGUGGUGUGGAUGGGACGUGUACGUCUGCUGCUGCCUGGGCACCCUUGACAGACUUGGGAGGGCAUGAUGGCGCUGGACAGAUGGAGCAUUUCUUCAAGAACGAUGGAUUUAAUACAUUCCGUCUUCCUGUCGGUUGGCAAUUUUUGACCAACGACGUUGAAGGCGGAAAGUUAAACUCGACCAAUUUUGCCAAGUACGAUGCUCUCGUGAAGGCCUGUUUGGGUACUGGCGCCAGUUGUAUCAUCGAUAUUCAUAACUAUGCGAGAUUCAAUAACUCCGCAAGUUUCAUCGUCAUUGCAGGGUUCAGCUACUAA